AUGCGAGAAGUCAUUGCGUUUUUUACGACCUCGCCCAAGCGUAAGGCCGUGUUGAAACUCCAGCUUAGCAAACAACUCGCCAACUUAUGCAACACACGUUGGGUCGAACGUCACGACGCCGUUUUGCAGUUCAGAGGGAGCCUGGGAACCAUCGCAAAGGCGUCACAAACGCUUUCCCAGUGUUUUUUGGACAUUGUGAAAGACACAAGCGUUGUCCUAAUCGAAAAGCGGAACUCGUUGAACGCCGAGAAGACUUUCAAAGAAAUUUUAGCACAUGCAAAAGACAUUGCCGAGAACAUGGGAGCCCAACUAGAUGUGCUGGAGGUGUACUGCCUCAACACGCCUUUGCCGCGCCACAUGGAUGACAAGGAAGCUCAAGCAAAGCUCAGUAUCUUGGCAGCGAAAUACGGCGUGCUUCUCGGAAUGGGGGAUGUCGCAUUGCAGACCAUCGUCAGAGCCGAACUUUUAAAUGUGGUGGUGAAAUGGAGACGCGAACAAGAGAAGGGCCUUUUGCAUCGAUGGCUGUGGAGAUACUGCAAGAGUCGGAGCCAGAACUGUAUCCCAACAUUAAGACCCUGCUGUGCGUUCUCGCCACACUGCCACCCUCAGCUGAUUCGAGCGAGCAACGGCAGCGACGAUCCCUCGGAACAGACCUACCUCCCCAACAAGAUUCGUCUGGUGCAACUCAAGCGUCGGGGCGCUGCUCCGCUGGGCUUCUCCAUACGUGGAGGCCGUGAGCAUGGCACCGGUGUGUUUGUGUCCCAAGUAUCCGGUGGCUCGGAGGCGCACCACAGAGGACUCAGGGUCGGCGACCAGAUUAUCCGCAUCAAUGGCUAUCCCAUCGACCACUUCAUCCACGAGGAGGUCCUGGCACUGCUCAAGGCGAGGCCCACCAUCCUGCUCAAGGUUAAAAGCGUCGGAAUGAUCCCUAUUAAAGACAAUAAACGGGAUCCUAUCACUUGGAAAAUGGUGGAGCCUGAUCCUUGCAGCAGCGGUUCCGACGGAACGCACUCUGUUAGCAGCGGUUCCAGCCUCGACGAGCCUAUCGAGACCAAAGUCUUCAUUUCGGGGAUCGGUGGCUCGAGUCUUGGCUGCAGCGUCGUCAAGGGACCCCCGGAACUGCCAGGCAUCUUCGUGCAGACGGUGAAGCUUCACGGCCUCGCCGAAAUCGCGGGACUCGAGAUCGGUGAUCAGAUCACGGAAGUGAACGGUCAGGGAUUCCUCAACGUCGAGUUUUCCGAGGCCAUCGCGAUGCUCAAGUCCUGCAAGGAGAUGGCCCUGACGGUGAGGAAAGGCGCCGGCCUCGAACUCUUUCCCGAGGAGAGGCUCCGGAGGCGCAACGUCCGACUCUGCAACGGCCACGCCAAGGGCCGCAACGGGAACGGCCAUUUGCUCAACGGGAACCACACCAUGCACAACAGGACCCUCUACACGAACGGAAACAACGGCAAGGCGUCCCCAGAGUCAUUCCACUCUUUGCACGACACCAUCACGAACGGCUCUCUCUCCGAGAUGUCGGACCGCAGCACUUCACUGUCCAGCUCCCAGUCCACUAGUCCCGUGACCAAUGGUUACACCACCCAUCCGAACGGAAACGGCUGCCAGAAGCACAGGUCCACGGAAAACGGCGGAUCGCACUACGGCAGCAGCAACAGCCACGUCUUACUUCACCCCAAGCUGAGCCUCGCCGGCUCCGAAGAACGACAGCGGCUUGAAGAAGAGAAGCGGCGCCUGUACGAGAAAGAACAGCUGCUCAAGAUGGAGGCCGAGAAACUCGCCGAAGAGCGGCGCAAGUUGGAAGUUCAGAAGUCCCUCCAGGAGCACCACCAGCAGAUUCCCUGCCUGCCCAUCGUGGCGCCUCCCUGCAACAUCCCCGCACCCCCACAGAUGCACGUCUUCGCCGAGCUGCACAGCGUGGCGCAGCAGAGGCGGAUGUCACGCGAGAAGGGUCUCCAGAACGGCACCGAAGGUUCCAGGAAGGCUGCCAGGACCGGUUUAAGGCCAGAUGCCAAGCCUUCGCCAGACGUCCUCAUCAAGCAGAAACAGCACGAGCAACUGAUGGUGGAAUUUCGAGAAGUGCACAAAAAGAUGUUCGGCAUGUUGCCAUCAGGAUCAGCAGACCACACAGCUCUGCACCACUCACAAAUUGAUGGGGAACUCAGCAAGUCAGCAGCCAUGCUCAAUAUUCAAGAGACCGUACAGGCGCUGAAGAAGGAGCGAAGCAGCACCCCUGCUGUGGCAACCGCGGUACCAGCGGCGCCGAGCCCAGUCAAGGCGGAGGUCGCGAGGCAUUCGGGCAAGGGCCCCGCGCCAAGACCCCCUGGGUCCAAGGAUGUCCCCAUCACGGACAGCAGGGGACCAGAACCGAAGCCACCCAAAAGUUUCUUUGGACCCAGGCCUCUGGUCACCAUCGGCAGCUACCCAGACGGGAGCAACCCCAGGCCCAACCGGUUCUCGCGGCCGGCAAACAAGGUGGAAAUUGUCGACAGUGACAGAGGGACCACCACAGUCGACUCAUCUAACAAAAGGACCGAGAGCAGGUCAGCAUCGCCCCCUCGAACAAAGACGCCAUCCCAGGCGCCUGAAGGCAACACUGGGCCCAAGAUGACUGUGAGCAUCAACUGCAAGGCUCCGAAUCGGCCGAGCCUCAGCACGCGGUUCAAUCUCAACGGGGCAAAUCAAGCUGCUGCAAAUGCCUUCAGUAACGAAGUGGAUGAAGGCACCGUGGUGAAGACACUGACCUUUAAGAAGGACGGUCCCCUGAACCUGAACCUGGAGGGAGGCCUGAACUCUGUGCACGAUGGCCGGAUCAUAGUGACCGAAGUGCGCGAAGGUGGUCUGAUCCCGGUGGAUGGCGACAUCGCCAGCGGCGACCAAAUCUUGAUGGUCAACAACACCCGUCUGGUCAAUGUUUCCCUUACGGCAGCUCGGGUGGCCAUGCAGAAUGCCAUGGGAAGCGAAAGCCGCGAGCUUCGCCUGACGGUGGCCAAGCAGCCGCAGCAGUGACUCCAGUCCGAUCCCGUGACAAAACCCGUCUGUGCCUCGAACGCUCUCAAUAUUCAAGAACGAGAAGAAAACAGACGAGGACGGCCUCAACGAGGCAUGCCACUUUUUAAACCUCUCCCGCUUUCCAGCUCCAUUGCGUGAAGAUACUCCCAUUACGUUUAAAAUGCUUUGUACAUACAGGAUGCCACAGGCUGUAGUAGGCUGGUCGAUUUUGUUUGCCCACAGUCCCUCCACUCUGCACGCAAAUGCCUGGCAUCACUGAGAAGUAUGUAAAUAAAAGACACGACUUUGUUCCUUUUAGUGUCCUGUAUUGACCUACUGUGCGUCCUGUGAAAUAACCCCGUGUGCGUGUAUGUGGUUUUCAAUAAAGUGUGUGCCUGCUCGUA